AUGGCGCUGACCGCCUCCUCCCCAGCCCAAGCCAACCUGCCUCGAUCUGGGCUCGGGCCGCCGCGGCGGAAGACGCGCAGCGUCAGUGCAGCCACUGACUCAGUCAAGCAGGCCGGCCGAUCCGCCCCGCGGCAAGACCCGCUGCGCCGUCCGCCAGCCGACAAGUCUGCGGUGCCGUCGUACGCCCGUCCAACGCGCAGCAGCGCGAUGCGCAAGGACGUGGUUGACGUGUCGUCGCGUCGCCGACCCGUGGACAAGCUCCGCGCCGAGUUUGAGGCGCGGGAAGGCGGCGCUCAGGCGCUUGGCUUGAGGCGCGGGAAGGCGACGCCUUCCCAGCCCGAGGUGCCAGUCGGCAAGCUGGUCGAUCUCAACGAGAACGUUCCCCCGCCCGCGCCGCCCACCCCUCCCGAGGAGCGCCUCGAGCUGCCCGCUCCGGACGCCGGCCUCGCGGGAGCCAUAGAGAGGGCUCAGGCGGCGGCGGCGGCGAGCGUGGGCGGAGCCUCGUCGCCCGAGGCAGCCGCGGGCGCGGGCCUGGACGUCUCCAUCGUCUCGCCGCUAAUCAAGUUCACCCCUCCCGCGCCCAAGCCCUCCGCCUCCCCCGCCGUCCGCUCGUCGCGCGGCCGCUACUCGCGCGGCGCUGAGCGGAACGGCUCGAGAAAGUCGGGGGCGGCGAUGCGCCUCUCCUCCUGCUCCUUCUUCGGCGGCCGCCCGCCCGCCUCCGCCGAUGAGCCCGCGUCCCUAGCCCGCGCCUCCUCCUCCCCCGCCGUCUGCGGCGCCGGCCCCACCCUGCCCCACGGCUCCGUCUUCGGAGGCAUCGGAGGCUGCCCGGAGGACGCAGCGGCGCCCGCGCCCAGCGGCGUCCGCGCCUCGCCUCGCCUCCUCUCGCUCGACCCUGCGGUCAAGGCUGCCGCCUCGGAGGCGGCGAAGGCGAAGGCGCUCUUCGAGGGGCUCGAGGGGGCCGCCGUCUCCAUCGCCUCCGCCGCCUCCGCCUCCGCCUCCGCCGCCUCCGCCUCCGCCGCCUCCGCCUCCGCCUCCGCCGCCUCCGCCUCCGCCUCCGCCUCCGCCUCCGCCUCCGCCUCCGCCUCCGCGUCGCGCGCCGCGCCGCCGCCCCUCGCCGCGGGCGUGGCCGCGUCGGCUCCUCCAUCACAGCAGGCGUGGCAGACGUCGGGGCAGCGAGUGCCCAAGCGACGGUCGGCACGCCUCUCCGGCCUCCCGGCAGCGCGGCCCGUGGAGCGGAGCCCACUGGCGCAGCCGCCGGCGCAGCCGCCGCAGCGAAGCGACCCCUUCCCCGCUGCCGCCGGCUGCGGCGCCGCCAUCGCUGAGGAGCCACUCAUUCAAUUUGGGAGUGGCACCGCGACGGCGGCGACGGCGGAGGCCGCGCGCUCGCCUUGCGCUUCUCCUCCUCGCAAGGCGCCGCGCCUCGAGAACCACGCGACGGCGGCAGGUGUGGCCUGGUCGCAGGGCGGGGCCUCCCCGCUGCUCGUGCCCGGCGCUGGCUCCCCGCUCCUCGCUGGCUCCCCGCUGCUGCUCUCGGUCUCUGAGCCUGAGGCUCAGCCUCUGGCGCUUCCCGCAGCUGCCCAGCCGGCGCCCGCCGCCGCCGAGUCUGCGGCCGAGCCACGUGCGGCUGCGGCGCCGUCCGCUGCCAGAGCGGCGCCGCGCCGCUCACCUCGCCGCUCGCUCGCCGCGGCCGCUAUAGCACGCGUCGAGUCUGCAACCGAGCCGGCGGCGCCGGAGGAGGAGGCGGAGCCGAUGGAGGUGGAGGAGGCGGAGCCAAUGCUGACGGAGGAGACGCCGUCGCAGCCGCCGCAGCAGGUGGCCUCCUCCUCCGCGGCGACGGCGCGGCUCGGCACCGGUGGCGAGGGGGCGCCGCCGCGCUCUUCGCCGCGCCGCUCGCCGCGCCGCUCCCUCGGAGGUGGGUCGCUGGGGCGCGGUUCCUGCUCGGGCGGCGGGGACCCGUUCGGCGGCUCCAAGCUGGCGCGCUCGCCGGUCGCGGCCAUCAAGAGCUUGCCCCGCUUGCUCACGGAGGGCGCCGCCGCCGGCUCCCUCGACGCAAACCUAAAGGCGCUCGGCAAGCCCCUCGCGACUCAGCUCGCAGACCUUCGCUCCUCGGUCGUCUCCACCCUCUGCACCACCCUCUGCACCCUCGCCGCCGAGCGCGGCGACGCCCUCGCGCCGCUCGUGCCCGUGCUGCUGCCUGCAUUGCUCCGGAAUCAUUGCGUCUCCAAGGCGCCAAUCUCCAAGCCGUCGGUGCAGGCGGCCGGAGCGAGCGCGGUGCUUCUCGCCACGGUCGGCUCGCCGCACCACCAGACGCGCCGCGGCGUCGCCUCGCUUCUCGGCGCCGCAUGUGCCUCCGCGCUCGAGCUUCCCCCGCCGCAGGCCGCCGCCUUCGCGAGUGCGAUCCGCGCCCUCGUCUGCGACACCGACGCCACGGUCCGCGCCACGGCGGCGUCCGCGUACUGGGAGCUGCACCGGCGCUCCGUGGCGGAUGCGGACGCGAUCCUGCCCCAGGUGCAGCCACCACAGCAAAAGCUGAUCCAGCGCUCCAAGCCGGCGGCCAAGUAG